AUGGCUGACCAAAAAGUCGCUUUAAUUGUCAUUGACGGCUGGGGUAUCGCCGGUCCCGACUCCCCCGCGAACGGUGAUGCUAUUGCCGCUGCCGAGACCCCUUAUAUGUCCGGCUUCGCCGAGGCCAACUCCAAGACCGCUCAGGGUUUCACCGAGCUCGAUGCCUCAUCACUGGCUGUCGGUCUCCCUGAGGGACUGAUGGGAAACAGUGAAGUCGGUCACCUGAACAUUGGUGCUGGCCGUGUUGUCUGGCAGGACAGUGUCCGCAUUGAUCAGACCCUCAAGAAGGGCGAGCUGAACAAGGUGGACAGUGUUGUCAAGGCUUUCACUCGCGCCAAGGAGGGCAAUGGCCGUCUGCACCUGGCUGGUCUGGUUUCUGACGGUGGUGUUCACUCUAACAUCACCCACCUGUUUGCUCUGCUCGAUGUUGCCAAGGAGUUCCAGAUCCCCAAGGUCUACAUCCACUUCUUCGCUGAUGGUCGUGAUACCGACCCCAAGAGCGCUACCAUCUACAUGGAACAGCUUCUGACUAAGACCAAGGAGAUUGGUCUUGGUGAGAUCGCUACCGUUGUUGGCCGUUACUACAUCAUGGACCGUGACAAGCGCUGGGAGCGUGUCGAGGUCGGCCUCAAGGGUCUGGUUACCGGUGAGGGCGAAGAUAGCUCCGACCCUCUCCAGACCAUCAAGGAACGCUAUGAGAAGAAGGAGAACGAUGAGUUCCUGAAGCCUAUCAUUGUUGGCGGAAAGGAGCGCCGCAUCCAAGAUGACGACACUAUCUUCUUCUUCAACUACCGCUCAGAUCGUGUUCGUGAGAUUACCCAGCUUCUGGGCGACUACGACCGUUCCCCCCGCCCCGAUUUCCCAUACCCUAAGAACAUCUCCCUCACCACCAUGACCCAGUACAAGACCGACUACACCUUUCCCAUUAAGAACCUCCAGCAAUGCCACAUUGCUGAGACUGAGAAGUACGCACACGUUACUUUCUUCUUCAACGGUGGUGUUGAGAAGCAGUUCCCCGGCGAAGUCCGCGAUAUGAUCCCUUCGCCUAAGGUUGCCACCUACGACCUUGAUCCCAAGAUGAGCGCCGCCGCUGUCGGUACUAAGAUGGCUGAACGUAUUGCCGAGGGCAAGUUUGACUUGGUCAUGAACAACUUCGCUCCUCCCGACAUGGUUGGUCACACUGGUGUUUACGAGGCUGCCAUCGAGGGUGUUACUGCCACCGACAAGGCCAUCGGUGAGAUCUACGAGGCUUGCAAGAAGAACAACUACAUUCUCUUCAUCACUGCCGAUCACGGAAAUGCCGAGGAGAUGCUCAACGAGAAGGGUACUCCCAAGACCUCCCACACCCUUAACAAGGUUCCUUUCGUUAUGGCCAACGCCCCUGAGGGCUGGAGCCUCGCAAAGGCCGACGGUGUCCUUGGUGACGUUGCCCCUACCAUCCUUGCUGCCAUGGGUGUCGAGCAGCCCGCUGAGAUGACCGGCAAGAACCUGCUGGUCAAGUCAUAG